AUGAACGACUUUGAAGCCUUCCUCCAAUUUCUAGAAGAGAACGGUCUUGCAGUUGUAAAGGAAAAGAUAAGUAAUAAGACGUGGGAAUAUGUUGUUGGGCUGGACGAUAAAGAGGACUGGGAAGAACUUGGAGCAUCACGUACAGAUGCCAAAAGCAUUUAUAGUCAGAUCGACGUUCGCAUUGAUCGUUACAAAAUUGAUCCAUCUACUGCCACCAUGUCUGCUAAGUUCCUCUGUUGGUUGAAGGGUGUUUUAGUGUUUAAAGGGGAGGAAAAGGCUGAUGAGGCAGACUUCGCAACUGCUGAACAGGAACUCAGAAAUAAGACAAGUCAAUGGAGGCCCACUCAUUUUGCCAACUUGGACUACAUUUUCUCAUAUGCAGCUGCAGGGCAAUAUAUUGG